GCAGGCCGACGGCAGUAUCACAGUCAGGAUGGUUACGCUGGAUGUUAAGACGCUUACGGUACCUGUGGGUAUUUUGAGGAUACUGGCAGUCGUUUUCACGUGCGUCACUUUCAGCUUGGUUGCAUCUGUGGGCCAUAUAGGCGGCUCAUUUUGGUCAUGGUGCAUGUUCUCUUGGUGCUUCUGUUUCUCUGUCACCCUCAUCAUUCUGGUCCUGGAGUUCACCAGCCUCAGCUCGAAGCUGCCCAUCUCCUGGGAUGAUUUUACCACCGCUUUUGCCAUGUUGGCCACCCUAAUGGUGCUCACAGCGUCCCUCCUCUACUCCAUCAUCUUCACUUGUAGAACAUGUGGUGAACACACUUGUAGUACUUGUGGCAAAGAUAUUGCGGCCUGCGUUUUUUCCUUCCUGACCUUCAUCCUCUACGCUGUCGAGGUUGGACUGACUCGGGCCAAGCCUGGUGAAAUCAGUGGGUUUCUCUCCACUGUGCCGGGCCUGCUCAAAGUUCUGGAGGCCUUCGUGGCCUGCAUCAUCUUCAUCUGUGUGGACCUUUUGCGGUACAACUUGCUUCCAGGUCUCCAGUGGUGUGUUGCUGUCUACUCCAUUUGUUUCAUUAUUUCCCUCCUCAUCAUUAUUUUAACUAUCGGCCGCCUGCUGUCCCGCUUCCCUGCACCUUUUAACAAAGUUCUGAUCGUCUGCAAUGUGCUGGCCGUGCUAAUGUACAUCACAGUUGCCGUCAUCUGGCCUUUCUACAUCUUUAAGUUAUAUCCCAGACCAAACUCCUGCCCUGUGGACUGUGAGUGGAGUUUGGCUGUUGUUAUCACUUUCAUGACGUAUUUCAACCUGAUUGCUUAUAUCGUUGACACAGUAUAUUCUUUCAGGUUGGUUUUCUUCACCACUCCAGCAUAAGCACAUAGUUGCAUUGAUCUGAAUAAGGAGAUUUUGUUCCUGCUGAAACUUUGCUUU